UUUGAAAGCAACACAGCGAAGCCGAAAGCAAAAGAAGUCGUCUCAAAGGGAAAGAAAUCAAUAGAAUCUGGGAGAGAGAAACUUGAGAGAGAGAGAGAGAGAUUUGGGGUCAACGAAGUGGCGACCACAGACGCUGACGAAGGAGAGACGCGCAACAGUCGCCUCCAAGGGUUUCUGUCGUCGUUGUUGUCGAGCUUUGGAGGAGUUUUUGGCUAUAACACUCAAGAGCAAGAACAAGAAAAAGAAAUGGCAUCAAGAGCUAUUGUUCCUCUGCAACAACCCGGAGGUGAAGGGAAACUGAAAAAUGUGCAACCAGAAGGAAGGAAUAGGCGAGUUCUCCAAGAUAUUGGAAAUCUGGUUGCUAAGAGAGCUGUGGAAGGGAAGCCUCAUCAUGCAAAGGCACUGGGUAAAGCACAAGCAGCAGCAGUGAACAACGAGAAACCCAUCAAAGAAGCUGUAGAUGCAGUAGCUGCUGGUAAAGGCCGUGCAGCAACAAAGGUGGUGGUACCCAAGAAGAUUGUACUCAAGAAGAAGCCCAUACCCGAGGAGGUGAUUGUGAUUAGCUCUGAUGAAGAAGAGGACGAGGGUAAAAUUGCUCGUGGAAGAAAAUCAAGACAAGGUUCCCUAAGGAAGCAUGGCAAGACCUUCACUUCAACCCUCACUGCUAGAAGCAAGGCUGCUUGUGGACUCACAAAUAAGCCUAAGAAACCGAUCGAAAACAUCGAUGCAGCCGAUAUCGACAACGAAUUGGCAGUAGUUGAAUACUUGGAUGACAUGUACAACUUCUACAAGCACACAGAGUGUGCGAGUGUAGUGCAUGAUUACAUGGUUAACCAGCCAGACAUAAAUGCUAAGAUGAGAGGAAUCCUUGUAGACUGGCUGAUAGAAGUUCAUCGCAAGUUUGAACUCAUGCCUGAAACCCUCUAUCUCACAAUAAACAUUGUGGAUCGGUUCCUUUCUGUGAAAGCUGUAUCUAGGAGGGAACUUCAGUUAGUUGGAAUAAGCUCCAUGCUCAUUGCAAGCAAGUAUGAAGAGAUUUGGGCACCAGAGGUCAAUGAUUUCGUUUGCAUUUCAGACAAUGCCUAUGUGAAAGAACAGAUUUUGGUCACUGAGAAAGCAAUCUUGGAAAAGCUGGGAUGGUUAUUGACUGUCCCUACUCCUUAUGUCUUUCUUGUUCGAUAUAUCAAGGCCUCCAUUCCAUCGGAUCAAGAGAUGGAGAAUACGAUGUUUUUCCUAGCUGAACUUGGUAUAAUGCAUUAUACUACAAUAAUUUCACACAGUCCUUCCAUGAUUGCUGCCUCUGCUGUAUAUGCUGCGCGAUGUACCCUUGACAAGACCCCUUUCUGGACUGAAACUCUAGAGCACCACACAGGCUACUCGGAAGAUCAACUAAAGGAGUGCGCAGAGCUGUUGGUUAGCUUACAUUCUGCAGCGGCAGAAAGCAAGCUGAAAGCAGUGUAUCGGAAAUUCUCAAGUUCAGAUAGGGCGACUGUGGCUCUUCUCACGCCAGCCAAAAGCCUUUCAAGCAAAUCAUUAAACUCCUUCUCAACUUAGAUGUUUUGAUGGCAUAUAAGUUACAACUACUUAUGCCAUUAGUAUAGGGAGGAGAUCAUUUUGCUGAUAUGAUCAGUAUAGCCAAUAGCCCCAUUGUUAUCUUUUUUUCGUCUUCUAUUGUACCUACAAAAAACAAGUGUCGAGUUCGGGUUUGUACUAAAUAAUUGGAUUUCAUUGUGAUAAUGUUUUCUAAUACUAAUAUAAGAUCUAUGUUUGUUGUCA